AUGUCUGAGAUCAAGUCGAAUGACCACCGUGCCUACAUGGAACUUGCGCUCAGCCUGGCAAGGAAGUCUCCUCCCAAGCCUACAAACUAUAGGGUCGGAGCAGUGGUGGUUGACCAAUCCACCAACGAGAUCCUGGCACACGGAUACACCUUGGAGCUGGAAGGGAAUACACAUGCAGAACAGUGCUGUCUGAUCAAAUUGGCAGAGGCCCAUGGCGUGCCCGAGGAGUCCCUCGCCCAAGUGCUACCCAAGGACCUGGCCCUCUACACCACCGUGGAACCAUGCUCGAAACGCCUCAGCGGCAAUAUGCCCUGUGCUGAGAGAAUCCUUCGCCUGGCUGGAGUCAUAAAGACCGUCUAUAUUGGUGUCAUGGAGCCCAAGAAAUUUGUUGCGGACAACACGGGGCGGGAAGCCUUGGAGAAGGCGGGCAUCCAAUUUGUCCAUGUCGAGGGACUGGAGGAUGAAAUACUCAACGUUGCCAAAGCUGGGCAUGAGCCUCAGAAAUAA